CUAAGCCACACCCCUUUGUGAACACAGCGUCUCAUGCGGGGUCAAUCAGAGGGCACGCACAAGAAAUAUGAUGUAAACAAGCUCUCUAUAACAUCUCCUUGGAGAAAUCUGACGUAAUCUAUAAAACAUAUCUUUUCCAGUAUCGGUACUCAUAUCCUUGGAAGUAUCGGUAUUCAUAUCCUUGAAAGUAUCGGUACUCAUAUCCUUGAAAGUAUCUUUACUCUUAUUUUUGAAAAUAUCGGUACUGUGUCCUUGCCAGUAUCGGUACUCGUUUUCUUGUCAGUAUCGUUACUCGUGUCCUUGUUAGUAUCGAUACUUGGAAGUUUUACCCAAUAGCAGUUUUUUUGGAGAAGGCUAUUUGUCCAAACCGAUUUUUCGAUAUUUCAACAGAUUUAUCCAAAAUGACAUUCAAAUGAUAUCAGUGGUUUUUUUUGUAAUUGGUGAAAAUGACAUGUGUCCUUAUGUUCGGUUUAUAAUCUUACUGCUAUAUAUUGAAUAGUUCAUAUAUUACAUAUAAUGAAAUGGAGGUAAUCAAUACCGUAACUUAUAAGUCACUUGAGUUUGAUGUUAAGAGUUCAUUGUAUCCAUUUUCCCUUACUUAAAUCCAGUGGGGGAUUAACCUAUAGUUAAAUCCACUUCUGCAUUUCGCUAUUGGCUAAGUAGGGUUAAUCCUAGAGCCAUCAAACAUGCCAAAAAAAGGUUCUCACAAUGUAAGAAGCAUUUAACAGAUUCCCACGCUAAAGAAAUUAAUUACAAUAAAGAUAUUCAGUUAAAUAAAUUCAUUUACAUAAAAUAAUUUCAAAUGAUUUAUGUUUUACUACCAUUAAAAUACACGCUCCGGUGAUAUCAAAAGUAAUACUUACCUGUAUCACCUGUAAUUAUCACAACGUGGGAAAAUGCAUUGCUGAUACAGUAUUUAACAAUUUAGAUACACGUGGAGUUUAAUAGGAAAUGAGUAAAACAAAGUAGGGUCAAACCUGAAAAAAGGAACGCAAAAAACACAAAACAACGAACGUGUCGGCAGGAAGCCUUCGUCAGCGAACAAACAGAAAAAAAGAAUCAGUCCCAUAACAUGACACUAAUAAUGUCCCUACUCAGUUUUAUCUUCCCAGCUGACCGGCCAUGUAAUGUACCAAAUUGCCCCCCCCCUACAUGCCCUCCAUUCUAUGUCCCCAGCUGACCGGCCAUGUCCUGUACCAAAUCGCCCCCCCCCCCACAUGACCUCCAUUCUAUGUCCCCAGCUGACCGGCCAUGUCCUGUACCAACGCCGAAGUCAUCAGCUCAACGCACUUGUGACGUCACACAAUGCACCGGAAGUCUAUCUUCCACUCUACUGGUCAGAACCGGUAAGCAGCUGAUACUUUCUUGUCAGGUUUUUAUCACGUGCUGGUUGUUGGCAGGUGAGAUGGCAGGUGAGAUGGCAGGUAAAUCAGUAAGUACAGCGUGAUUCACGGGUGAACUGUUCAGGUACCAAUGUGACGGAAGCACUAUAACACCACUGACGAGAGGGUCACAGAAUCCAACUCGUUCACUUUUGCUAUGUCCAACAUCCGUUCACUUGAUACAUUCCAGUAGGCUCGUAUGAUUCGCCUCUAAAAUUAUUUCCUGAAGUGAACUACCUUCAUCGAGAGAACACUCUAAUCCCGUAUAUAUUUCAACACUAGUCACUUUCUCUCAAGCUUUCUUUCUGUCGAACAAUCUUAAACCAUCUUAACUGAGCAGUGACCCCAAUACAUGAGCACGAUUUGAUCUUACGUACUUCAGUGAUCCCGACCCCCAAAUAUGAACACGAUUUGAUCUUACGUACUUCAGUGAUCCCGACCCCCAAAUAUGAACACGAUUUGAUCUUACGUACUUCAGUGAUCCCGACCCCCAAAUAUCAACACGAUUUGAUCUUACGUACUUCAGUGAUCCCGACCCCCAAAUAUGAACAAGAUUUGAUCUUACGUACUUCAGUAAUCCCCUUAAAGUGACGUUGAAUAGAAUCUUUGCACGCUGUUCGUAGAAAGAGUGUAACAUUUCCUUCAAAUGUUAACGUGUCCUUGUUUGGUUUCAGAGUAUGGAAGCCAGUGACACCACUUUGCGGAAGGCGAAGGAGUUUCACUUGACCAACUCUGCCUUGAACACGUUCCUGUACUGCCUGCUGGGAGCGGUGGGCCUCGCCGUGUUCCACUUGCUGACGGUGGGCGGCUGCAGGAUGCGACUGAUAUUCUUCAGUGAGUUUAUUUGAAAUGUCUUUAAAAAAAAUCGUUUAUUUAUCUGAGGUACAGUUCUGGGGUACAGUUCUGGGGUACAGUUCUGGGGUACAGUUCUGGGGUACAGUUCUGGGGUACAGUUCUGGGGUACAGUUCUGGGGUACAGUUCUGGGGUACAGUUCUGGGGUACAGUUCUGGGGUACAGUUCUGGGGAACCUUUCUGAGGUACAGUUCAACAACCAAAAAUUUCGUAUCAAGCCAGCUAUGGUAGGGAUGGUCAGAUUAAAAAUGUCAGUCUUAUGGAACGGGUUCUGUCAUAAUAGUGUAAAAAAAAUGUCUGUCUUAUGGAAAGGGUUCUUUCAUAAUAGUGUCACAUAAAUGUAUGUCUUAUGGAAAGGGGUCUGCCAUAAGUGUCACAAAAAUUUCUGUCUUAUUGUAGGUGGCUUGUUAACGUUAAAAAAAAGUAUGUCUCAUAAAAGGGAAAUAAAUUACAAUGCCACAUGAAAUGUAAUUUGUUGCCUAAUGCAGACCUGCACAACUCAAAAUGUAAGGCGGGACGUUAUGAACAAUUUGUGCGGGCCGAAAGAAUAUAGGACAGGGGGAAAAGUUAAUUAAGAAAAUAAAAUAUUUCGUUAUUUCGUGAGUCGCAAAGUGGGUGCUGGCGGGCCACAAAUGACCCGCGGACAGCAUGUUGUGCAGGCCUGAUUAAAUGAGACACCUGGACAGCAAGUGUGGGAUGAGUACAUGAGAUGUGUUGUCAGAACACAGAACUCCGCCCAAACAUUCAACCCCACCCGUGAAAAUGAUACUUCUUGUCCAUGUAGAUUCUAUCUCUUGUGUUACUAGUAUAUAUUAUACCAGUAACUGCGAUGUCUGAGAUACCAUCAUGGUUAGGGCUAUCGAAAUGUUUGGAGACCUGACAGAGAGCGUGUUUAUUUAUGUUAUAGAGGUGCUCUCUGAACCGGUCCCCAAAGCGACGACCUGUCUCUCCUACAUAUAAUUUACCUCACUUUUAGCAAAUGGUGUAAAUCCCGUUGCGACUUGUGCAGUUAAAGCCAUCUUUUAUUCUGAAUAAUUCCAGGGCGAACGUGGUUUUAUCAGCUUCGAUCACGUUAGGACAUGAGUUACAACGGCUACAGUUGCAACUUUUGGUGCCUCUAUGUGCUUUGAUAGCAGGGAGGUGGCUUCUAACUAUCAUGUCCCUAAGGCUCUUGUCCGUCUGAAAAGCAACAGUAGGUUUUCUGAAAAUCUCAUUAGUGACAGGUUCUGCCAUAAUAUCUGAGUGGUUUUUGAGAACCAGAAAACGAGCUUUUAGGUUAUGGAGAUGAAAAAUUAGAAUAAAUUUAGAUCUCUCCUUACUGUCAGAAUGAGUAGCUUUAAAAGAAUCCUGACUAGUCAUACCUUUAACUCGAGUGAAAGAUGCUUUUAAAAUUUCUUCAGGGUAUAACCUGCGUCGGAAAAAAUCCAACAUUUCAGCCAUCCUUUCCCCAAAAUCCUCAUCAUUACUACAUAGUCUUCUGAGUCUCAGCAACUGAGAAAAUGGGAUGGAGUUUUUACACGAUUGAGGAUGGGAUGAUGAAUAUAGCAAGAAACUAUGACUGUCUGUUUGUUUAUAGAAAAUGGACGUAGAUAUUUUGUUCUCAUUAAGGUUAAUUUGUAAGUCCAAAAUUGAUGGUGCUUUUAUGGAUCAUCAUGAAUUUAAUUGUUGGAUGGAAAUCUCCAAGGAAGUCAGUAAAACUUUCUAGCUGUGUUAUGUCUAUAUUGGUAAUCCCUAUAGUCAUCUAUGUAUCUCCUGUAGUAUUCUGGGAAAGGACCUUGGUAGUGUUCCCUCCAAAGAUGUUCCAAAUGGCCCAUAAAUAAACAUGCAUAACGUGGUCUCAUUUUCGUUCCCAUUGCAACGCCACUGAUCUGAUAGAAAAAUUCGCCAUUAAAUUCAGACCAAUUAAGCUGCGGAAACAAUUUUGUCAAACGUACAAUGGCACUUGUUGGAAAUUUAGGAUUAGGAUUCUUAUUCAGAAAAAAUGAAAUAGCGGUGAGUCCAUCAGUGUGGGGAAUUGAAGUGUACAUUGUAAAAAGUGAAUGGGUUUCAUUAGGUAAAAUCAAGGACUCGAGAGAUUUGAUCAUGUGGUAUGGAGACAAAUUGCCCUGCUCUCGGUAUGGGGACCCAGCUCACUAGGCUGAAAGUGGUAAACCUUUGGCCAUGAUUUCGUCAUUACAAACAGUUUAUUAUGCUUUAAGAAGACAUUAUUUGGUUCACAAAUGGAUGUUGUAGGAACAAACUAUUUGUUUGGAUUAUUAAAUUUGAAAAUUCAACACUGGCAUGCUUCGGAAGGAUCAACUUUAUAUUAUGGCCAUCACUUUUAUGAUUUGGUAAUUAGUCAACAAUGACAAGUAAAUUAAUUAACGUGAUGUAAAUUUGGUGUCCCUGUGAAUGUGGUGUCCCUAUUAAUUUUGUGCUCUUGUUAAUUGUGUGUCCCUGUAAAUUUUAUGCACCUGUGUCUGUUCUGCACCUGUGUCUGUUCGGCACCUGUGUCUGUUCUGCACCUGUGUCUGUUCUGCACCUGUGUCUGCUCUGCACCUGUGUCUGCUCUGCACCUGUCUGUUCUGCACCUGUCUGUUCUGCACCUGUGUGUUCUGCACCUGUCUGUUCUGCACCUGUGUCUGCUCUGCACGCGUGUCUGCUCUGCACCUGUCUGUUAUGUCUGUUCUGCACCUGUGUCUUUUCUGCUCGUGUGUCUGCUCUGCACGUGUCUGUUCUGCACCUGUCUGUUCUGCACCUGUGUCUGCUCUGCACCUGUGUCUGCUCUGCACCUGUGUCUGCUCUGCACGUGUGUCUGCUCUGCACCUGUAUGUUCUGCACCUGUGUCUGCUCUGCACGUGUGUCUGCUCUGCACCUGUAUGUUCUGCACCUGUAUGUUCUGCACCUGUAUGUUCUUCACCUGUCUGUUCUGCACCUGUGAUUGAGGUGCACCUGUGAUUGAGGUGCACCUGUAAAUGUGGUGUCCCUGUGAAUGUGGUGUUGCUGUGAAUAUGGUGCCCCUGUGAAUUAGGUGUCCUUGUACAUGUUAGACCAUGGCGCAUUAACCAUGUUAAAGGUGGGGGGGGGGUUGUGGGUAUCGGAGUGAUCUCUUGGCUCUUGAAAGAUAGUGGGAAAACAUAGUAAUAGGGUCUUACAGAUUCGAAGGUUAAGACUUACAUUUUAGGGGCAAACCAUAUAGGGUGACCUGUGAUGCACCCUCCUUGCCCUACCUCAUUUUCUGUUUCGGGUUGAUCCUGAAGUGUCAAAGUGUCCUCGUUUUAUAGCCAUUUUCAUUGUUUCUAUAGAAUAGUAGUUACUAUCCUAGUGUCUCAUUUUUAUUUUACUUAGUUCACAUGUUUUAAUAAUUGUAAAGCGCUUAGAGCUUUAUGAUAAGCGCUAUAUAAAAAUGCCUAAAUAAAUAAAUAAAUAGGGUUUCAUAUCGGUUUGGUGCCUUUAGUACAGUGGUUCUCAACCUUCCUAACGCCGCAAUCUUUUAAUACAGUUCCUCAUGUUGUGGUGACCGCCAACCAUCAAAGUAUGUUCGUUGCUACUUCAUAAAUGUUUUCCGAUGGUAAUAGGCGACCCCUGUUAAAAAGUCGUUCGACCCCAAGACGGGUUGAGAACCGCUGCUUUAGUGACUUUAGUUUGGGAUGUCUUUCUUUUAUGACAACAUUAUGCUUACAUAUCUGGAAAACAAAAAAAAAACUAAUUUCACGUUCUUCACCGCAGAUAACUACGCCACAAUACCAGACCCACCACCAAAUCGACCACCAUGCUACUGCUGCUGUCACUGUUCCCCUUGCUACAAGGAGUUCACCUACUGCAUGUUUCGCAUAUGUGCCGAUGACUGACAACGCCAAUCAAACUUGAGCUUAAUUGAUUUUUUGUGGACAUUGCAUUUUUUGUUUGUUGAACUUGAUUCAAUUGGCGCUUGUUAUACAUUGGAAAUAAAUUGAAGGAAAUGUAUUUAAACACAUUAUUAUUAUUAUAUUUGAUACAUUUGAUUGAUUAAACACUUUAUGCCCUAAACUUAUUUUGUUUCAACAUUUCUCUUUAAUUCAGUUCAAGUUAUGUGUACUGCUCUU